CAAUUCAGAGACUGCAGCACAUCCUCGGUUGCUACCACAGAGCAUCGCACCUGACAGCCCGACUCCACCGCGCUUCGCUUCACCACCACAAGCCGUGUUCAAGAGCGGCAAUGUGGGAUCCACUUGCCCACUAGCUCGCCACCGGUUAUCCUUCAGGCGGACAAGGCGAGCCUGAGAUCCAGCAAGAUGGUGUCGUGGAUCAUUUCGAGGAUAGUUGUCCUCGCCUUCGGGACGCUCUACCCAGCGUACGCGUCAUACAAGGCUGUCAAAACGAAGAAUGUGAAGGAAUAUGUGAAGUGGAUGAUGUACUGGAUAGUGUUUGCUUUGUUCUCUACGGCAGAGACGGCCACAGACCUGUUCUUGUCAUGGUUUCCUUUUUAUUUUGAGCUGAAGAUUGCCUUUGUGAUCUGGCUCCUGUCCCCAUACACCAAGGGCUCCAGUGUUCUCUAUCGCAAAUUUGUCCACCCAACCUUGUCCAACAAGGAGAAGGAGAUAGAUGAUUACAUUGCACAGGCCAAAGACAGGAGUUAUGAGACCAUGAUGCGGUUUGGAAAGAGGGGUCUCAACUUGGCUGCUAAUGCUGCAGUCACUGCAGCCACCAAGGGACAGGGUGUGCUGUCAGACAAGCUGCGCAGUUUUAGCAUGCAAGACCUGACUCUCAUCAACGCAGAGGAUGAGCUAGCUCUGCACUCUUCAGACGGCCGCAUGAGACGGGAAUCUGUGGAUGACAUGAGCUCGGGGGCCAGCACGCUGCCUCGGGCCAAGAGCGCCACUGCACGGCAGACUCGCUCUCUGGCAGCCACAUCGCUUGCAGACGAGACAUUGUCCCAACACAGCUCGGACCAAUCAGACACAAGGACGGAACACUCUGAUGAUGAUGGGGGAGAAAGAGCCCCCAAGCGCAGCACCUCCAUCAAGACAACCAAGAAACCUGCUGCAAAGGCAGAGACUCAAACCAAGUCGGUGAAGAAGCCACCAAAGAAAAAGACUACAUCCAGUGCAGAGACGCCUCCUUGAGGGCCUCUGUCCAUGUCCUCGGACCUAGACUCUCUGUCCACCCACAGCCUGACAGCACCCCCUCCCAUGUGCGGUCUCCACACGAACACGCAAACACGGCAUCAGGCACCAAUGCUGUCUGCAUUUACUUUUAGCUGUUAGUUUUCUCACUCCUUUUAUUCUCUCACUCUGUGCAGCCAGCAUGUUUCUUGGUGACUGUAGUAGAUGAGAAAGUAUGACCACCCUGCAAGUGAUAGGACUUUUUUUUUUUAAACAUUGGACCUAAUGUCCCAUUCACCUUGAUUUUAGUGCAUUUUAAGCUGCCAAGUGAGUCUGGCUCAGCACAGUUCAGACUCGACCUUCAGCAGCAUCCUUUCUCAGUGACUUUCCACUCAUGUCCAUCUCUGUAGUUGCAGAGCCCUUUUGUUGGCAUCCGUCCGGUCUCUUAAGGUUGUGUUCACUUGCUGGAUUUGUGUUGUCAUUUCUCUGUAUCGCGUAGUCAUUCCACGUAUGAUCUGAUUUGCCUUUUGGAGAAAUACACGACAAUAACUUUGCUCUGUGUCACUCCUGUUGCCCAGCUGUGACGAGUUGUGUUGCGUUUCCUCUUUUGUGGCUGAUUUUGUUUUUCCUCAUCAACUUUUGCUUCCUAACUGGAGGGAGUGUCUGGUCCACAGGGUUCCACUGAUAGCCCAUCAUCUUUUUGGGUUUAGUUUGCCUUGCGAGUGAACCUUAACCAGGGUUUUAAGCAUGAUGCUGGAAGUGUGCAGCUAGUUUGAACCAAUAGAGGGAGACAAAGUCCACCUCAACUGCUGGCAAACGUAAAGACGAUGUAAAUAGUAGCUAACUGUAAAUACAAUGCGAGCUUGCUUGCCUUAUCUAUUCUCUGGGCUUUCAUCUGGUUACUUAUUCAGGGUUUUCAGUUAUGUGUCUGAAGUAUGAAUUUAGUUUUUAAUCGUGUAUUAAUAUUUUUUUUUGUUAAGACUUUAUUCUUCUCUUUUACAAAUGCACACACUGCUCCCCUUUUGACCCACAACGACUGAAAGGUCUUCUUAGGCCUACUGCUGGAACAUUUCAUGACAAUUAAAAAAAAAACACUACAUUUUUAUGUGGCGUUUAUGCCACACUUGGAUACUUAUUUUUCCUCUUAAAGUAGUGUUGUACUCUGAGUUUCUCAUUUGUACAUUUGUGCCAAUUCACAAAACGUCCAUGUGAAACACAUAAAAGUGUGUGUGCCGGAACAAUGGUAUCUUGCUUGGUCACGUGUCGGUAAUAAAACCGCUAAUAAA